GUUUCGGUCACGACGUGGAUUGUGGAGAGCGUUCAAAGGGGAGGAGAAUCCACACGGUUCAGAGUUGAUGCGUCGCUCGCUGUAAACGAUUACUUUAGGGGCCCGGCCCGUCUCGACCAAUUUUUAAUUCUUCUCAACUUCCGCCCUCAGAACUUUCCCACACCCAUAUCUACUGCCAUCUCCUCCCCUUCCUCGUCUUUGUUGGCAGGAAAUCUUCUUUCUUUUCUCUCACUUUCUUCUUGACCUUUUUAUCUCAGAGAUACUUGUGACUUGUUCAUAGGUCCUCGCGUCUCUGCUCUUCCUUCCCCCCUCUCUCUCUCCUCCCUCCCUCUCUUCCUCUCGCCCCCUCAUAGCAAUGGGUGGCAUUCUUCACCUUGUCGAGGACCGGCCUACGCCGAAAGCUGUUUACAACUGGCGAAUCUAUGCGUUGGCUGCCAUUGCAUCAUGCGGUUCUCAGAUGAUUGGGUACACCAGUGGUUUCAUCGGCACAACCAUCACCUUGGACUCAUUCAUAAGCGAGUUUGGCCUGGACCAGAAAACUAGCUCUGAGAGAGAUCUCAUCAGUGAAAACAUCGUCUCUCUCUUCAUCGCUGGUGCUUUCUUCGGGGCUCUCUUGACCUAUGGUAUCUCGUACUAUGCGGGACGCAAAUGGAGUUUGACCGUCGCUUCGGCUGUUUUUGUUCUCGGAGCGGGUCUGCAGUUAGGUGCUAAUAGCUCAACCGGUCUCGGCAUCCUCUAUGCGGGUCGAGUGUUGGCCGGUCUCGGCACCGGUGUCGCCUCCAAUAUCGUCCCGAUCUAUCUGUCCGAGCUAGCCCCUCCCGCCAUUCGAGGUCGUCUGGUCGGUUUGUAUGAACUUGGCUGGCAAAUUGGUGGUAUGGUUGGCUUUUGGAUCAAUUAUGGUGUUGAGCAAACUAUUCCCGCUAGCCACAAGCAGUGGCUAAUCCCCUUUGCUAUUCAACUCAUUCCAUCAGGGCUACUUUUCCUUGGCUCUUUGUGGAUGAAGGAAUCCCCUCGUUGGUUGUUUACCAAGGGUCGCCGCGAGCAGGCCAUUGAGAACCUGUGCUGGGUCCGUCAAUUGGAACCUACUGAUAUCUAUAUCACCGAGGAAGUCGCUGCUAUGGAUCAGAGUCUUGAGGAGCAGAAGGCCACCAUUGGUGUCGGCUUUUGGAAGCCCUUCCAGGCUCUUGGUCAGGCUAAGAACCUGCAAUACCGUCUGUUCUUGGGUUGUAUGCUUUUCUUCUGGCAAAACGGAUCCGGAAUUAACGCCAUCAACUACUACUCGCCCACUAUCUUCGAAAGUCUCGGUGUUCAAGGCAACACCAAGGGUAUCUUAAACGGUAUCUUUGGUGUGGUCAAGGCUGUCAUCACCAUCGUCUGGUUGCUCUUCCUUGUUGAUCAGCUUGGUCGUCGCAAGCUUCUGCUGAUUGGUGCGAUAUGCGGCUCAAUCUGCAUGUGGAUCAUUGGCGCAUACAUUUGUGUGGUUGAGCCUACCAAGCACCCCAAGGAUCACCUCGACGGCGGCGGUAUUGCUGCCAUCUUCUUUUUCUAUCUCUGGACGGCUGUCUACACACCCACUUGGAAUGGUACCCCAUGGGUCAUCAACUCGGAGUUCUUCCACCCCAACAUCCGUCCCCUGUCGCAGGCCGCCACCACAGCCAGUAACUGGCUUUUCAACUUCCUGGUCUCCCGCUUCACGGAGCAGAUGUUCGAGAAGAUGGGAUACGGCGUGUAUUUCUUUUUCGCUGCACUUUCAGCCUUGGCAUUCUUCUUCGCUUUCUUCCUCAUUCCCGAGACCAGUGGUAUUCCUCUGGAGGCGACUGAUCAGCUGUUCGAGAUCAAGCCGGUCUGGCGGGCCCACGCCGUCUUGCAGCAGCAGCUCCAGCAGGAGGAAGAGCGCUUCCGCGCGGAGAUCAAGGACGGCAUGUUCGAAAAGAACGAGCCCCAGGAGCAUUGGGAGAACACCAAGGCAGUAUGAUGACGAAA